CCUUCAAAGAAAUAUAAAGCCCCCAUCUCUCUCUCUCUCUCUCCCUCUCUCUCGCGCUCGCUUCGGAUAAUCGAGGAGGAGGGACGUGAUGGCGCUGAAACUUCCAUUAUCGACAGAUAUUGGAGGGAUUUCCUUCAUGGAUUCAAGCAGAGGAGCCUUCCAACAGCUCAAAGAGGGAUUUCCUUGGAAAAUGAAGAAUCACACAGGUUCAUGUAGGAGAAUAUGUUGCUCGAUGCAGCAGGCUCCGCCGCCGGCCUGGCCUGGCCGAGCUGUUGCAGGAUCAGGACGCAAGUCAUGGGAUGGUCCAAAGCCUAUCUCAAUUGUCGGAUCUACUGGUUCGAUAGGAACUCAGACAUUGGACAUAGUGGCUGAAAAUCCAGAUAAGUUUAGGGUUGUUGCACUUGCCGCUGGCUCUAAUGUGACACUCUUGGCUGAUCAGGUUAAAACAUUCAAACCUCAAUUGGUUGCCGUAAGAAACGAGUCAUUGAUUGGGGAACUAAAAGAAGCUUUGGCUGAUGCUGAAUACAAACCUGAAAUUAUUCCUGGGGAGCAAGGUGUUAUAGAGGUUGCUCGCCACCCAGAUGCUGUCACAGUAAUCACGGGAAUAGUAGGAUGUGCAGGCUUAAAGCCCACUGUAGCUGCAAUUGAGGCUGGAAUUGACAUAGCCUUGGCAAACAAAGAGACUCUUAUUGCAGGUGGUCCUUUUGUGCUUCCUCUUGCACACAAGCAUAAAGUGAAAAUACUUCCUGCUGAUUCAGAACAUUCUGCCAUAUUCCAGUGUAUUCAAGGUUUACCAGAGGGUGCACUUCGACGCAUAAUUUUGACUGCAUCCGGAGGAGCCUUCAGGGAUUUGCCAGUUGAAAAGUUGAAAGAGGUGAAAGUUGCGGAUGCUUUGAAACAUCCAAACUGGAAUAUGGGGAAAAAGAUCACUGUGGAUUCUGCUACCCUUUUCAACAAGGGGUUGGAAGUUAUUGAAGCACACUAUCUAUUUGGGGCUGAUUAUGAUAAUAUUGAGAUUGUGAUUCAUCCACAGUCCAUCAUUCACUCCAUGGUUGAGACACAGGAUUCAUCUGUUUUGGCUCAGUUGGGAUGGCCUGACAUGCGCCUACCAAUCCUUUAUACAAUGUCUUGGCCACAGAGAAUUUAUUGCUCUGAAAUUACAUGGCCUCGGCUUGAUCUUUGCAAGCUAGGUUCAAUGACAUUUAAGGCUCCUGAUAAUGUAAAAUACCCAUCCAUGGAUCUUGCCUAUGCUGCUGGGCGAGCCGGGGGCACGAUGACAGGAGUUCUUAGUGCUGCUAAUGAGAAGGCGGUGGAGUUGUUCAUCAACGAGCAAAUCGGCUAUCUGGACAUUUUCAAGGUUGUGGAGCUUACCUGCAAUUCCCAUAGGAAUGACCUAGUUGUCAACCCUUCCCUUGAGGAGAUCAUACAUUAUGACUUGUGGGCUCGAAAGUUUGCAGCCAGUCUACAACCAUCAUCCGGCUUGAGUCCUGUUCCUGUUUAAGUAGGCCGGCUCAUCAGCUAGAAUGCUGUGGGAAACGGGACGCCUUCAACUAGUUCUCUGGGUGUUAAUUUCAUUGCUAGAAUCCAUGAAUGAUGAAGCACCCAGCAUGUGUUGCAACAGGAAAAGAUGUAGGGAGAACUCAUGUCUCAAUCUUUAUAUACAUCAACAAUGUUCAAUCGAAAAGAAAUCAAUGGAAAAAAGUUCAAUGCAAUCAUAAAAGAGCAGCUAAAGAAGGAAGAGCAGGAUUGGUCUGUUGCUUUGGAUGCAUUUUCUUGUUCCUCUACAUUGUGUCGUUGUGUAAUCUACGGAGGGCUGUUCAUUGGCCAUGCCAACCUGAGCAGCCUGAUCGUCUGACCGAAACAGGGGUGGCGGCUGGGAUUUUAGGCUCUAAGGCCUCAACGGGCCAGAAUGUGAGAAGCCUGAUAAUUUCUGGGCUGCCCCAGAGAAACUUUUCAAACUUGGGUCGGGCUUGGCUCUGGUACCCUCAGGGCGUUAGCCUUAGUGUGAGUUUAGCUUGGGCCUGAGCUGUCAAUCUUGGCUGGAACUGGAAACCUGAUAUGGCCUAUGACAUGCCAAAAUCUGCUGCGAAAACAGCUUUAAUAACAGUUUUGCGAGACAAAAAGCACAGUUGUAACUAUGCAAAUAAGAGAGAAAAAUAGGCUAAUCAGUAACUUUGAUUG